AUAAGUAGAUGGCGGCCUCUGACGGGAAAUAAUGAACUGCAACGGAGAGACGGCGCGUCGUCUCGUUGGAGUAAACACGAAGCGGAGGCGCCGCGCUCGCACACCUCGUGCGUGCUCGCGCUGGCACUCGCAUUCGCGAUUCGCGUUCGUCCGUAACGUCGUGAACAUAUUUCCCUCAUAACAGGAGCAGGAGGGAAAGUAAGGGAGUGGAAAAGAGUCGGUUUUUCGCGUCAGAGGCUACGUGUCUGUUCGUAUCGCGUCGCUCGAAGGUUGACGGAUGACGGCGGUGUUCCGCGUUACUGUUGUCGCCGCGUACCGUACGCGCACCUUAGAGACGAUUAAUGUGCGCGGGGCAAGCGCGUGGUACCCUCGUGGCGGCCGCAAAUGCGCGUGGUAGCCGCCGCGGCGACGGCGACGCCAUCGCCGCGUCCGCGGCAAGAAGAUGUCAAACGUCGGCUCGCCGUUCGAGCGACUCGUGAACGGUGAGAACAGCGUCGACGCUGCCGCCGCCGUCACCGUCACCGUCACCGGCGCUGUCAGCGGCGGCAGACGAGAUAGGAGAAGUGGGGGCGAGGAGGGCCGUGUGAGCAGCUGUAGUAGUGGACGUGUGUUUGGUUCGAGGAGUUGUAUUGGUUACAACGAUAUCAGUGGUGUUGGUAACAGUGGUGCACCCGCGGUCGUCGAGACCGCUAUUAUCGACGGCGCCGUCGUGACGUUGCCCGACGCCCGCGGCACGACGCCAGUGAAUUCCAGUCGCGAGGCAACAGUAUCGCGCAUCCACGACAGUGGUUACCGCUGCUACACCUACGUUGUCGCCGACGCAUCAUUAUCCUCGGCGACGACGCGCGUGUCUAAUGACGGUGAUGACGUCGUCACGACGACGGAACGCCGUGGACUCGCGCUGAGCAGCGUCGAGACGACGACGCCGUUGCUGCUUCACGGUGCCGGUAGCACCGACGCGAGGAUAGUCAGUAUCAGCAACAGCAGCAGCGCCACAAAUACCGCCGCCGUCGUUAUCGUUGACGCCGCGCCGCCGUUAUUUCACGACGACGACGACGACGAAGACGACGACGACGACGACGACGACGACGACGAGGACGACGAGAAUCAUCGCCACUAUCACAAUCGCGGCAACAACAUGGUCGCGGCGAUGAACGAGCACCUGUCCAGCGCGACGACGACGACGACGACGUCGUCGUCGCCGGCGGCGGCCAACGCCGUUCGCAAUACCAUCGCAAUGUCGUCGUCAUCGUCCUCGGCGUCGUCGGCUAUGAUGACGGCAAGCAGCAACGCGAUCGCCAGCGGCAACAAUAAUCAUCCUCCGACAAUGAUGAUGAGCAACGUCGGGCUCGGUGCCAAUAACGGCAACAAUUGCAACAACGCGCGCGGCCAGGAGUUCCAGGAGGUUGACUGCGACGACGUCAAGCCCGUCAUCAACAGCAGCAGCGCCGCAGCCGCCGCUGCCGCCGCCGCCGGCAUCCUCAGCUUCCCCUGCGACUUCGAUCAUAUGUACGCCAGCAUGACCGACGGCGGGGCACCGGCCGCGGCCGCGGCCCUCGGCGUCAGCCCCCUUCGCGGCAACGAGCCCCGUCAGAACGAUCUCACCGAGGUCAAGCACCUGAAGGAGCUGUUGCUGCUGCAUCUCGAUCUCAUCCAGCAACAAUCCGAGCAGAUAGUCACCAAGGAUAAGCUCCUCGCCGCGCUGCGCCAGGAAAACGAGACGUUAAAACUACGCCUGGAGCGUAUGGAGAGGCGUGUGAGUCUUCAGAAACUGAGAUCUGAAUUUGGUGAGAAUUCGACGAGUUCGGAACACUUGGGUACUUGUUCGCCUACCAGUGUCAAUUCUGUAAACGUACCGUCGACGAGCGAGUUGCACAGAAACGUUCAAUGCGAGGGUGGCAAUACUUUGCAUGAGAGCUUUAAGAUACGUCUAAACACUAGCGGCGGUAUCACUACUGUCAAGCAGGAGCCACUCGAUAAUCAAAUUAAGCUUGAAGUGAAGCAAGAGCCUAACGAGUCUAGGUUUGAAUGGGAAGAGAAGAAGAAGAGACGAUCGGAUCCAACCCCAGUGUCUACGGGUAGUAAGAAGAAGAGGGGGCUUUCCUGCUCGUCGAAUGUUAGUACUGACGGUAUACAGGAUAAGGUAUUAGGUCAGACUUUACACGAGAUCAAUAGGAAGAGCGAUAGGAAAGCAAAAUCUCUCGUGAAGAAAGAGUCCUUUCUCACAACGGAAGAACACUAUUAUACAGCCGUAGGGGAUUCAAAUUAUACAUUAAGUCUGAAACAGUCCAGUCCAGUAGAAACAAGUAGUUCUCUUGAAAUUCCAAAUUGGAGAGUGAAGGUAUACACAAGUUGUUAUACGAUGGAGGGAACCGAGAACUUAGACGAUGAGAUUUUUAACAAGAGACAUUUGAAAUUGGAGAAUGACGAGAGGAGAAGGAAGCGAUGGGAUGUGCAGAGGAUAAGGGAACAAAGGCAUAUAGAGAAAUUAAAACAAAGGCAAGAACGCCAAAAUCAUCAAGCUACGUGCUAUAAUACUAAUCAUACUGGUCCUUGUCCCUCGUCCAUGGAGGAGGAAACUGUUACGUCCUUGUGGCCUGAUGUAGAACAAAUUCAAAGUCUCCAAGUGGAUCCACACUUGCCAGUAACUGCAUUUGGCUCUCUUAUUCCUAGUUUUACUCCAAAUGAAUUUUCAUUACCUUGGUCGAAUAUAGCACGAAUAAAGUGUCGUCGUCCUAAACGUUCAACAAGUAGAAGAAAAUCUACAGGUAGGAGAAAAAUUUAGGGAAUAUAAAUUUUUAUAAAAAUGGACAGAACUGAUUUUAUCUGCUGGUUUUAAACUCUUGAAGAAUAUUGUUCCCUCUCUCACGCCAUAUUUGAAACAGCGUUUCUCAUUUCUAUGCAGAUAAUGUAGGAGCCUUCUUCCUCCUCCUUCCCAAAGAUAUUUUUAUUGACUUUUUAAACAUCUGCAAUAUAAUAUACAUAGUUUAUUUUUUCUACAUUUUUGUCAGUUAAGUAAAUUAAUUGUCAAUACUUCUUUGAUACAUCUAUUCUACAUUUUGAUGUACACACACUUGCGGUGUUGGUCAUUUUAUUUAUGUAACUGAGUAUAUCACACAACACAUGACGAAACGAUGUAUCAGUUUGUACUGACAUGUCGGAAAAUUUUCAGCUCUAAACUAGAUUUCCGUUCCAUUUCAGUGGAUUGACAAUAUUGAUAUUAGCAAAAGUUUUUGACACAUAUGUAAAACAAUUUAUAUUAAUUUUGUAAUUAAGUUUUUUUUUUGCUAUUAUAAUAUAAUUGUAAAAAUCUUAACAAAACUACCAUGUACACAUUAAUGACAUACACUUUGUAAAAAUAUGUUGUAAGGCAAUGUUACGUAACGGAAGAAUAUAAUCAGUUUUUAAAUCUUGGG